AUGUCUCUGAAAUCUGAACCCUUGAACAUUCUGAUCGUGGGUGCUGGACUCGGUGGUCUGUUCGCAUCCUUGGCUCUGCGGCAAGAUGGACACCGGGUAACUCUUCUUGAUGCCUCUGCUGAAUUCAAAGAGGCAAGAACAAAGCCAUUUAUUUCUUCCUCGAGCAAAGCUGGUGCUGGCAUUCGCAUCCCACCCAACAGCACUCGUCUUCUACGCCGAUGGGGAAUCGAUUUUGACAAAUUGCGAAAAUGUCUGUGUCAAGAAUACCAUUUCCUGCGUUGGGAAGACGGCUCCACAAUAACGAAGAUCACAUUCGAAGACAUGGUCUCACGUCAUGGGGAACCAUAUUACCUGGUUCACCGAGCCGAUUUGCAUGCAUCCUUACUAGCGGUCGCAAUCGAAGCUGGAAUUGUCAUUCAUAAGAAUAAACAUGUAACCUCCUACGACUUCAGCGUUCCAAUGGCUAUCACUACGGACUCGGAGAACUGGGCUGCUGACCUCAUAAUAUGUGCGGACGGGAUCAAGUCCACUGCACGACCUCUCCUGACAGGUCGGCCGGACAAUCCUCGAGACACGGGCGAUGUCGCAUAUCGAAUCCUCAUACCUGGACAGGAUCUCCUGGAUGAACCGGAUCUCGCCGGGCUCAUUACUCACCCGGCAACAACGUCUUGGUGCGGACCAGAUGCCCACCUCGUCGGGUACCCAAUACGUGACGGUGAGCUGUACAACAUAGUAGUGUGUGCGACAUCGAAAGGAGAGACGACAGACGAUACUUGGGUGGUGGAGGGUGAUAAUGAAGAGCUUUGCGCGCGGUUUUCCGGAUGGGAGCCCCGGGUGCAGAAGUUAUGUCGUCUGACAAAGUCCUUUAUGAAGUGGCGAUUAUGCGACCUUCCGGCCCUUUCCACUUGGAUCCAUCCGUCAGGCAAUGCUUGUCUCUUGGGGGAUUCCUGCCAUCCGAUGCUACCGUAUCUGGCGCAAGGAGCUGCCCAGGCAGCCGAGGAUGCUGCCACAAUUCGCAGGGCUCUGGCCGAGGAUAUCGAUAUCAGAAGCGCUCUAAAGCGUUAUGAGCGUAUCCGCAACCCUAGAGCGUCCUUGAUUCAGUCUAAGACGCGAGAGCACCAAUACAUCUUGCAUAUUGAUGACGGUCAGGAGCAGUGCUGGCGAGAUGAGCUUAUGCGACUGGACAAUCCGUCUAGUCCAAUCUUCUGGGGAUACGAGCUUCGUCGAGGUUGGUUGUUCAGCCACGAUGCCGAAAAGAUGGAAGAGGCCACUGCAGAGGCACGUUUCAGCCGAGCUGUGCUAUAAUGUAAGGAAAAUGCCGAUGAGCUUAGGUCGCGAAAUACCCGGACUACCCUCUCAUUCCUAUAUGUCCAAAGGCAUGUCGCUAGAUUGAAGAACAAAGCAUACUUCUCGUUCAGUAGACCACUGCAUGACCAAGAUAGACUCGGUGCGUAGAUUUGGU